AUGGCAAUUGUUGGUCUUAAAGGUGACGAGCUGAAAAAUGGCAAUGGUCACACUCAAGGCAAUGCCACUUCCGUAACUCUCUCUGGUCAUGGUAUACAUGAAGUAAAAGAAAAACAUAACAGUUCCUACAAUAAAGUCGUCAAAAGUAGUUGGUACUAUAGACGAAGUGGGGAAGGUAGUGGCGAUGGGGGUGGUGGGGGAGGCGGCGGUGGAGGCGGAGGUGGGGGUGGCGGCAGUUUUGGAUGGGGAUGGGGUGGCGGAGGAGGUGGAGGUGAGGGUGGAUGGGAAUGGGGAGGUGGAGGAGGAGGGGGUGGUUGGUGGAAAUGGGGGUGUGGAGGGCAGCCAAGGCAAGGUAAAAGGAAGGGAGGAGGGAGAGGCAUAUACUAUAAUAACUCAAAGAGGAAGGGUAUGUUUGACAAGGAAGACUAUAGUGUGGGGGAGUUUGCAAAAUGCAUGGCAAGAACUCGAUGCCGUGGCAUGAGGUUGGAUUGCCCUCUGCAUUGUGGUGGACCUUGUUUCUAUGACUGUCAGCAUAUGUGUAAGGCUCAUUGUCGCUCACCCUAA